CACAAGAUUUGAAUCGAGUAAAAACCUCUUUCGCAAUCAACUCUAUCUUUUCCCAAUUUCCAACCUUCCCUUUUUCUUGUUGAAAUCUCUUCAACACCCAUUUUCGCAAACAAUUAUUGGGGAAUAAAUUCUUUACAAUCAUGAGUCAUAAGCAUUUAUGUGAACUGUUAAGAGAAGAUCAAGAACCAUUUCAGCUCAAGAAUUACAUCGCCGACCGCCGUUGUCAGCUCAAAUCUACAACCACCAGAGACACCGCUCUUAACCCCAGAAAACGAAAACCCUUAAUCCAAUCCACAUCUGCUUCCACCACCGCUCGUAAUUUCUGCAUCAACCAUGUCUGUCUAUUAUCGUUCCAUGAUUCGCCGGAUGUUAGGAAAUCGCCGUUUCUUGAUUUCUCGUCGCCGGCGAUUAAGAGCCCGUAUAAUGGCAGAAGUCCCAACAACGCCACCGUCUUCCUCCAUAUUCCAUCCAGAACCGCCGCCAUGCUACUCGAUGCCGCCAUGAGGAUCCAAAAGCAGAAGAAGCCUACUUACAAACCCAAAUCCGAUUCAUCCAGGAAUGCUGGGUUUGGGUUAUUCGGAUCUCUUCUCAAGAGGUUGAAGGAUCGGAGAACGCGAAUAAAACGCCGUGAAAUCAGCUUAUCUUCACCGCUGACGAGCAGAAACCGGAAAAGCGACGUCGUCGGAAGUGGUUGCUCAUAUAAUAAUAAUACCAACAGGCUUACUAGUGCAGAUUGGUCGGAAAAGUCGUCGGAUUUGGAGACUUCAUGUAGUUCGUGGUCUAUUCAUGAUUCAGAAGAGAUUGAAUUUAUGGGUGAAAAUGACUGUUUUGCUUCCACUGAAAAGUGCUUCUGCUCAAGCCCUUCAAGUCCUUUUCGUUUUUCUCUUGAAAAAAGCCCUUCCUCUGGCCGCCGGACACCGGAUUUCAUUUCGCCGGCGACGUCUCCAGCUCACCACCUGCAACAGGAGAAAGAAGAUUGCCAAAAUGAGAAAUCUCAAGAAAUUAAUUUUCAAGAGGAGGAUGAUAAGGAACAAUGCAGCCCGGUUUCAGUGUUGGAUCAAUUGUUUGAGGAUGAUGAGGAAGGUUAUGAUCUUGAAUGCAGUUAUGACAACGUUCAGAGAGCAAAACAUAAACUUUUACAAAAACUCCAAAGAUUCGAGAAGCUCGCAAAGUUGGAUCCAAUCGAACUUGAAAAACACAUGUCAGAACAAUAUGGUGAUUGCAUUGAAGAAAUUGAAGAAGAAGAUGAUGAAGAGAUUGUUUUAAGUGAAAUCUUCAACAUUUUAGGCUUUAAAAACAUUCCUACGCAUAUGAAAAAGCUUGUUUCAGAUCUAAUUGUGGAAGAAAGAAAGAAUGAGAUGGAAUUGGAAGUGAUUGUGAAAAGGGUUGUUAGAAGAAUGGAAUCAUGGAAAAUGGUGGAAUCAAACACGAUUGAUAUGAUGGUGGAAUUGGAUUUUAGAAAAGAGAAAAGUGAAGGGUGGAAGAGAUUUGAUGAUGAGAAGAUUAGAGAGACUGGAAUGGAGAUAGGUGUCGCCAUUUUUGGGGACUUGACGGAGGAAUUAGCUCAAGAACUUGUUAGAGUUUAGUUGACUAAUUACAUCUUUGAUCAAAGUCUAAAUAAAAAUUUUGUCUACUUUAUGAAGUAAAUUAGAGUGUGUUUUUAAUUAUUAUACUUGUUAUUUUGUUGUAAAAUAAGUAUUGUAUUUGUAAAAAUAUAAAAAGGACACCG